GCUUUACGUCGCGCACAAAGGCAGCCUCCCAGAAGCGCUCUGGGCCGGCGCCGUUUCGCCGAAGGCGCCUGAGGACCCCCGCCCUCAGCUUCUUCAGAAAGGAAGCCCCGCCCCUCGGCUCCCUACGCCGCCACGCAGCUCAGCUGACUGAGGAAGACGUUCUGCGGCGGCGGCUGCCGCACAACCAUCGCCGUUGCUGGCAGCGUCCGCAGCGCAAUAAGUAACAGCGCCUGGUGCUGCCAACUCUUUCUCUUGCUCUCUCUCCCGCCCCCAAGCUCUCGCGCGCCCCGCGUCAACAUCGCCGCGCGCAGCUUCCCGAGCUCGAGGCCAGCCGCUGCACGCACGCGCCGGCUCGUCAUCGGCUCCGUCUGUUUCCAACCCCCCUGCUCGCCUUCGCGCGAGCUCAGUCGGGUCCCUCAGCCGAAGAAGCGGAGCCUCUCUUCGCCGCCUCUUCCUUCUUCCCUGGGUCUCACUCCGGUUUGGGGCUUCCUCUUCCCGUUUUAUAUUAUACUACACCUCCUUCAAGCCUCCUCUCAGUUCACUUGGGACAGCGGACGAGGAGGAGGCCGGCAUGUCCGGGCAGCAGCAGCAACAGCAGCAGCAACUCCCGGCGACGGCUCCUCAAGCCCCGGGCAACCCUACUCCCUCACCGGCCUCGGCCGCCCUCCUGCUCCACCCGCCGCCGCCUCCCCCGCCGCCGCCGGCCACCUCGGCCCCGCCGCCGCCCCCUCCUCCGCCCGCUAUCGCCGCCGCCGCCGCCACAACAGCCGCCGCCGCCUCAGCUGGGCCCAUGCCUGCCGGGAGCGGCGGCGGCGGCGGCAGCAGCGCCCCGGCGCCCUUCCCUCACGGCGGCGACCCGGCCCUGAACGAGCAGGAGAAGGAGCUCAAGCGGCGCCUCAAGCGGCUCUACCCGGCCGUGGACGAGCAGGAGACGCCGCUGCCGCGCUCCUGGAGCCCGAAGGACAAAUUCAGCUACAUCGGCCUCUCGCAGAACAACCUGCGCGUCCACUACAAAGGUGAGAGGGACGGAGGGAGGGCGAGGCCGAGGCCGCCGCCAUCCCCAGGCCCCCUCCGCCUCUUCCUCCGAAAGGCAGGCUGAGAAACUCCCAGGGAAGCUCUGAACGUCUCCCCCGAAACCGUCGGGAGGCUUCGGUUGUUGCCUUUCUUCGCCGAGGUCGGUGGACCCCGAGCCUAGACUUCCUUCCCGCACCCCGCUUUCCGAAGACGGCACACCAGUUGGGCCAGUACAUAUUCCCCUCCCGUGACUGGAGCAGAAUAGCCCUUUCUCUUCUUCCCCUACCCUGGUCGUUGGAGGAGUCCCUCAGUCCCCCCCCCCAAAAAACCAUUGUUUUUCUUUCCAUCUCCGGCAGACAAUGCUGACGCCAGUCCUGCAAGCUCCCCAACUCGCCCACAGAAAGAUCUUGUGGCACCUGCUCUCCCCCUCCCCAGUUAACUCCUUCCUUGAUCCUUUCUGUUUUUCUUUCUCUACGCCCCCCUCUCCCAAUACCACCUCUUUGAGCAAUCAGGCCUGUUCCGGAAGCUAGGCCUCGGAUUACCUUUGUCAAACCUUCACUCCUAUGAUCUUAGGGUGGGGUGUAUAUAUGUGAGUAAAGAAAGACAUUUGGGACUUUAAUUUGAGGUCAUUGCUCUUCUACCCCCCCCCCCCAAAUCUCACAUAUCCUUUCCUUAGUGGGGGAACAGAAGCAUCUUGAGAAGGAACCAUCAUGGGGGAGGGGGAAAUGUAGAAAAAUAGAACAACAGGAAAUAGCUCUCAUUGGAUCUUCCGAAGAAUUUAGACAGCCAAGUGGAGACAAUCUGGCUUUAUCCCUCCCUCCUUGCUUGUCUCUCUCCACUGGUUUCAAAUAUGUAAGGGACACUCGAGGGAUCCUUUGCUUUCUGGUUUGGGGGAAGAGGAUAAACAAACUCAGCCGAUCAGUUCUCUUGUUGAAUAACAGCUUGGGGUCAGGGGAGGAGAAAAGCAAGUCAGUCACUGUGACGUGUCCAAUUAAAAAUAACCAGUUAUGGCAAGAAAUGUGUGUUUGUUUAGCAAAAGUACAAAGGUCAAUACAGGUUGGAAGAACAAAUGUAAAACUACUGAGCAUGGAAAAGUGAGGAAAAUAGGUUAGAAAAACAUUGUUCGUUUCCAGGAAUUCAAAAUGUUUAUCACAUUACAAGUAGCCCCAAAAUAUAUUUUGACAGAUUUCCCCCCUUAUGUCCACAAGCAACAGUGGGGUGUAUUACUUCAUCAAAUAAAAGAAACUGAAUUUUCUACUAGGGUGGGGGUUUCUUGUAACAGAUUUUUUUUUUCCUGCAGCUUCUGGAAAUGGCAUACAAAACCCAGAUACGAUUUUAAAUAGAGGAGGUGGCUGGUUAAUGUGAAUCUAGAAAAAAUAUACCUAUUGUAUAGGAAGCAAUAGAGUUGGCAAUGAAAAGCCGGUUCUUGUAAGAUUAUAAGAUGUGUAUAGAAGGGCAGUGGGAAGCCUUCAGUGUAGUUAGACUUGGAAGAGUAUAAAAUGUUAAAAUUGAAGUAAAAUUACUAAUGAACACAAAGGAAUCUAAACCCAGAAUCUAAAAUUUCCCAAGCCCUCUGCUUAGGAUGAGUGUCGUUCUGCUUUGUUGUUUUUUUGUGUGUGUGUUUGUUCAUGCAUACAUUCACUGUGUUAUAUGGAAGUGCUGUGUUGUAUAGAAACACUGUAUAUAAGAAAGUUGCAGUCAUUCCUUUGAACUUCCUGUUAGGUUCAUGUGUGUAAUGCUUUCAGCUUCUUUUUUGCUUGCUAAGGUAUGGUUAUUAUGUAGUGGCCUACACUUUGGGGAUUAAUUUGUGGUUGUCUCAACUAUCACUUUUGUUGUUCCUUUGUGUUAUCUUGUGUGCUACUUUCUUAGUAUAGAAUACUUCUGACUUAUGGCUUGACUUAAUGUAAAACUAUAUUUAGUGGCGUCUUUUUUCUUGUGCUGCAAUGCUCAGAAAUAGUAAUGCACUGCACUGCAUUGCUCAGAAAUAGUAGCAUAUUUCUUACAGAGCUUACAGUGAGCUGUGACCACAACUGUGGAGAAAAGGGGACAGCUUCAUAACUUACUAUUCAUAAACCACUUUGUAAUUACUGUUACUGAAAAAUACCUUCAGUUUACUGAGAAUGUGGAGGGAAGGUCUUUGAAGCGUUGACUAGCUGGGCAGGUAGGCAUCGCUGAAAACCAAGGGCCUGUAUCUGAUAAGACUUGAGUUGCUUGGACCUAAAUAAGAAAAUGGUGAAAUGCUUUUCUUUUUCCAUUAUGUGGGAUUGUGAUAUUUCUAGUUAGAAAAGCAGUUUCUUCUUGCAAGCAGCAGCCCCACUAUCAUUUAGAAUAUUUAGAAAAAUAACUUGCAGAGUGACUCAAGUGUUAGAAUAAUAGAUAAUAUCAGGAAAAAAUGGUAUUUGAGUUUUGCAUAUAAUGAAAUUUCUGAAAAGUUCAGUGCUUAAUCAGUUAUUGCUUUGGCGGUUAGUCAUAUCAACUUAAGGACAAAUUUUCUAAAAGUAAACUAUUGUAACAGCAUUCUUUGCUAAACUCUAGAUAGGAUCACAUAAAAGUAUGAAAUUGGUCAGUGGGUGAGACCUCUAUUGCCAGGUUUUCAUGUAGAAUAUGGCUGGGAUGGAUAGUAGUGCAAGAAUUUAUCAAUUUGUUCCUGUGCAGCUAUGUAAUGUACAGUAGUGAGGAAGUUUGCUCAUCUUUCAAGAAGUUACAGUUAGAAUUGCAUGAGUUCUAUAUUUCAUGGUGCCUACAUUAAUUUUCAGAUCAUUUAAGUGUAAAUCCUGUUUGUUAAAUCCUAUCCAUCUCAGCAUUGACUCUUAAUGAACUGAUAAUAUAGUUAGCUUUGGGACAUUCAUAAAUAAAAUGAAAACACUACUUAAAAAUUGCAUUCUACUUUAUAUAGUGUAGAUAUUGUAAAUAAAAUACAUAUAUGGAAACAGGUGCAGGGGGACAAGUUUCUUCUGCACCCUGAAUAACAUAAAUAAUGCAUUUUAAAACAUAAAUUACUAGGCCCUGAACUGAAUGCUGAUUGUUUUGCUUUAACUUGUGUGGGCUGCCUGCUCUGUUUUUGUUUUCUAAAGUACCCACAUGCUAAUAAAACCCACAUGAUGUUUUAUUUUUCUUUUAGUUUGUUUUACACCUAAUCUACUCCAAAGGGGUGGGGGGGCGAAGCUUUGUAAGUGUCACAUGACUCAACAAAUUAGCACUGUUCAGAAUCAUACUCAUAAUAAAUGGAGGGGAGGGUCUUCCUAAUGUGACACAAGAAUUGAUCAAUCAGUGCUGUGUAAUCUACCUUUAGCUCCAAACUAGAAUAACAAGUUUGCUCUAAGAACAAGGUACAUGGGUUUAAGUACAGUGAUUACCAUUCAUAGUGGGCUUGCACAACCUAUGCAUGUCUGCUUGUACCCUCAAGUUGCAAUCCUGUGCCUACUUACCUAAGAGUAAGUACCAUGGAAUUUUGCAGGAGUUACUACUUCUGAGUAAACAUCCAUAGGAUUGUUUGUUUUUUAAGUUGCAAAUCCAGUAAUAUAUGUUUGUGUUAACAUUUUCUAAGUUUGCUGAAACACAGCUGAAUAACAUAUACAAAAAUGCAUCUUUGUUGGAUGACAUGCUGAAAUAUUAUUUGAUUGAUCAAAUAAUAUAUUAAAAUAAGUAUUCUAUUUAACCCUUUCUUCACAGUAAAUAAGGAACUGGAGAAACUAGAUAAUUCAUUGCUGAUAAGAUAAUGAUUUAUAUCUGUUGAACUACUAAUUUAAAAAUAUUUGAUGUUCAAUGCUGAUGGAAUAUUUUUAUAUAGCAGAUGUCAAAGCAAAAGAUGAUACAAAACUUAGUGACAAUAGUCUUCUAUGUUUUGCUUCGGACAAAGUUCCAGUUCACUCACUGAUACGUUACUCCAGUGCAAAGGAAGAAGGGUUGCAAUCAGAUAUCAAAAUAAGGAAAACGUUUCCAGACUGGGGCAAGGGUUGCCUAUGUGGUGCCCUCUAGAUGUUGCUGCAACUUCUAAUCCCUGAUCUGGGACUGAUGGAAGUUGUAGUCCAACAACAUCUGAAUGACACAUGGUAGCAGUAUUCUUAAGAGGGUUUCUUCUCUAGUCUUCAGAGAGUAGCUGGAGGUGGGGAAACAGAAAAAGGUCCUUAAUCUCAGGGUCGUGUGUUCGAGCCCCAAGUUGGGCUAAAAGAUUCCUGCAUUGCGGGGUUGGAAUAGAUAACCUUUGUGUUCCCUUCCAGCUCUACAGUUCUAUGAUUCUACCCAGUGCUUUUUUUCUGGGGGUAAGCAGGGGUACGCAUACCCUUAAACAUUUUGUGAAUCUUAAGUUUGGCCUCAUUGAGGGGCAGUAUUUCAAUAUGAGCACGAAAAUGAGUGUACCCCGAAACAUUUUUUAAGAAAAACACUGAUUCUACCAGAGCUUUUCAUAAUACUCUGACAGCUGAUGCUUAGGUUCACCUUUGAAAGUAUAUGCAGAUGUGGGAGUAACCCCAAAUUUCAUUUUUAAGAUUCUGUAUUUCUGAGUGAGAUGAUACGCAGGUAUCAAAGUAACUCCUAUGUCUGCAAAUACAUUCAGGGAUCAGUCUAGAUACUGGUCUGGGAAAUACAACAAUUUGCUUUUCUCUGUGGCAGAUGCAAAUGCCUGUUUUUCUGCCAAGGCUACUUAAAACUCAUAUUCUCUAAUUUGACAAGUCCUUGAUGCAGAAACCAAGUGUCACAAUAUCAAUACACUAGGAGUGCAAUCGUGUGCACAGCUGGGAUGAUUAAAUCCUGUUGAAGUCAGUGGGAUUUAAGCAGCAUAUGUGCACAAUUGCAGCUCAGAUUAUUAAAAACCAUGUUGCAUAAUGCAGAUAUGUGGUUAAGCAAAAUGUAUGAUCAAACAUGAUGAAAUUUGGACUAGAGAUUGUCUGGUGUGAGGCUACAUAUCAAGUGGGACUAGACUUGGAGCAAUGGAACUCUGUAAAUAAACCUUCAAAACUUACCAACCUGCACAUUUUACUAGCCUGCUAAGAGGCUAGUAAAUGGCUAGUAAACUAGCCUGCUAAGAGGCUAGUAAAUGGACCAGUCAUUUGAUCGGUUUUGCAAUGGAUUUAGUAUUGAUUCCUAGGCAGGUGCCAAUAGGAUGUCUGGAAAUAGUUAAGUGAAUGUUUCAUUUCCUAACUGUUUCAUUUACAAUCACACUUCUUUUAUUAUAUGAAGUAGUAAAUGUGUAUUUUAAUAUAUUUUUCAGGCCAUGGAAAAACUCCAAAAGAUGCUGCUUCUGUUCGAGCUACUCAUCCCAUACCUGCAGCUUGUGGAAUAUACUAUUUUGAAGUUAAAAUUGUCAGCAAAGGAAGAGAUGGGUAAGGUUUGAGUGCACCUUUGUUUCAGAAACAAUUUAAUUUAUACAAUACAUCUAUUUCUGCUAAAACAAUAAUUUAGUGUUCAUGUUGAAAAAUGUCCAGAUUCUACUUUCUGUUCAGAUCUGGUAAAAGUAGUAGAUAUUUAAUCAAGCUCUCUCCACAUGUUUAAAAUUUAAUCCUAGUAAUUGAUUUUAGAGUUGCAGACCCAAGUUUCCACAAAUAGUCCAGAGAAAUCAAAUUCUCGAUUCACUUUUGGCAUGAAAGGUUACAAUUGAAUUUUAAGCAGACAAUUCAUUUCCAUUGAUAAGUAUUUACUGUAACAGUCUGAUGGAGUCCAGAAUUGCUUGAGUUGUAUUCUUUGCUGGCCUUUAUGAACAUAGGAACAGCACCUGGGCACUCCUUAGAGUGUUAGUAAGCAGAGUAUAGUAUUCUUCGGGUUUCCUUUCACUGUGAUAAUAUUUUAGUGAAUUCAGAUGUUGCCACUCGUUUUAAAUAGUUUACUGCAGUAUAGAAUGUGAAAAUUCUGAUCUCUGUGAUUGGAAUUGAUAUGUCUUACUCUACAAUCCUGCUUAUCUAGCAUGCAGAAAGUUAAUAUCUAGGACACAAAUAGAUCAUGGCUUUCACAGAUUGUUUUGGUGGCAUCUUUUUCUGGGGCACUGAUGUUGAAAAGUCUCAAUUGCUGCCUGAUUUAAAGAACCAGUCUUAGAAAUAUUAUAACUGGAGUGCAGAACUGAAGUUGUUGAUAAUUCCAGCAUGGGCAACAAUGUGUUUCAAUUAGUAAUUGCCUUUGGGAGAAUCUCAAAGAAGUAAUCUCGGAAUAAGACUUAUUCUGACUAAAAGGUUCUCUAUGCCGAUAAAGCCAUUCAUACCGCAAUGUUUUAACACCUUAAUGUUUUGCAUUGUUAGAGUCAAAACUUGCAUCUGUGGUGGAGGCUAUAAUAUGAAGUAGCUGUUUGGAAGACCUAAGUUGAAGUAGGGACGCGGGUGGCGCUGUGGGUUAAACCACAGAGCCUAGGACUUGCCGAUCAGAAGGUAGGCGGUUCGAAUCCCUGCGACAGGGUGAGCUCCUGUUGCUCGGUCCCUGCUCCUGCCAACCUAGCAGUUGGAAAGCACCUCAAAGUGCAAGUAGAUAAAUAGGUACCGCUCCAAUGGGAAGGUAAAUGGCAUUUCCGUAUGCUGCUCUGGUUCGCCAGAAGCGGCUUAGUCAUGCUGGCCACAUGACCCGGAAGCUGUACGCCGGCUCCCUCGGCCAAUGAAGCGAGAUGAGCGCCACAACCCCAGAGUUGGUCACGACUGGACCUAAUGGUCAGGGGUCCCUUUACCUUUACCUUUACCUUUAAGUUGAAGUAUGGGUCUGGUGACUAUGGUCGAUUCCAGAUCUUCCUAUCUGCCUGCAAAAUGUGAACAGAUAGGAUCUGUUGUAGUGUGGUUACGACAGUGGUUGAGGGUGUGACAAUAGGUUUGGAUUGUAAAGUGCUGUAUGGAUAACACAAUAAGCACCUAUGUAUAAUUCACAGCUUUUGUAGAUAUGGACGAGUGCUAGAAAAGCUGAAAGUCAGUACAGUCAUACCUCGUGUUGGGUCUGCGUCAUGUUGCAUCUUUUCACGUUAUUUCCCGCGGCAACCUGGAAGUACUAGAAUGGGUUACUUCCGGGCUUUGCUGCAUGUGCAGAAGCGCCAAAUUGCAGGCGCAGCACUUCAAGUUGCAUUUCACAUUAUGGGCGGGCCUCCGGGACGGAUCCUGUCCGUAACCUGAGGUACCACUGUAUGGCAAUGCUGAUUUUGGACUUGGAUCUUAAACAUUAACUUUGGUUAACCUGGAUUCAGUGGGUAUACCUGGUCAGUUUGCUACCUUCCAUCCUGUAUUUGUCAAUGGUAAAACGGGAAUAUGUGAACUAUAGUGGUACCUUGGUUCUUGAACAGCUUAGUUGUCGAACAAAUCAGUUCCCAAACACCGCAAACCUGGAAGUAAGUGUUACAGUUUGCAAACGUUUUUCAGAAGCCGAAUGUCGGAUUCAGUUUCCGCUUGAGUGCAGGUAGCUCCUGCAGCCAAUUGGAAGUCGCGCUUUGGUUUUUCGAACAGUUUCGGGAGUCAAACCGGCUCCUGGAACGGAUUAAGUUCAAGAACCAAGGUACCAUUUUAUAUCAAAGAAGCAUUAAGAGGCUGAAUAACAUAUGGAUGUAUUUUGAAGAGUAGAAUUAUUACUGAAAUGAAUUUCAUGUUCCUAUAGUUUAUUGCAUUUAUCUGAAGAAAAUUGAUUAAUCAGACAUGAAUUGCCAUAGUGAUUGUAUCUAGAGGUAUGCUUGAUCAGCUAUUGGAGCUUGAUGUGUCUGAUUCAUGCCAGUUUUUACGUAGCUAACAGUAUGUGGAUCAUAGACUGUGGGUUAGGAUCUGGGAAGAAUUACACUCACAAAGGUUCCUGAUGUUUUCUACAGCUUGGUAGAAAUCGUAAUAGGUUUGCCUAAAACGCCUUGUAAUUGUGUAAUCCUGCAUGUUUACUCAGAAGUAAAACCCACUGAAUUCAGUCUGGCUUACUCACAAGAAAGUAGGUGUAGGAUUUUGACCUCAGUAGUUUAAUUUUUACUCCUUUUUAUUGUCUCCUAUUCAUUGCAUUUCACAAUGUCCCUAUACUUCCAAGAGGUAUUACAUAACUUGUUUUCUUCAUGCUGGAAUAUGUUCCCUUGUUAGGAAGAAGCUCCUUUACUCUUUCUCUUCCUUAGCUUAUUUUCUCUUAAGCUAUAGCCUUACCAGCUAACAGUCCAUGUUUGAUGAUGACACUUUAUCUUAGAAAUGCUGACAAGCUGCAUUUCAUUUGUGUAUUGAUCUUGCUGAGACAUUAGGCAAGCUCUUUGAGGAAAAUGCAGAAAACCCUGUUUAGCUAACAGGGUAGUGGGGAAUCAGAGCUUGAUGGAUAGGGAUGUUGGGGACCCCUAAUCAGCUUUUCUUCUCCUGAAGUUAUCAGUUUCUGUUGUGGAUAUUGAAAAAAUAAAGUAACAGGUGGCUUUGUGCAAUUUUUUCUUAGAGUUGGUUUGAGUCCCACUGGGUCUAAAAAAAAGUUACAAAAAGGAAUAAGCUUUCCAUUUCCCCUUCCUGUUUAUACUAUAGCCUACUACUUUGGCCAGUCCAAAGACCAUUUUGGCCAAUCCAUGCCCAUCUACCAAAUCACCUGCUAUUGGGUUACAAAAGCAGUGUAACCAAAAUGCAAGUUUUUUCUCAAUAUUGUUCUUUUCACAUGCAUAGAAACAUCCUGCAUUUGCAUUGGCCCAAGUUUACAGAAGCCAGUCCAGAUUGCUUACACCACAAAUCUAACUUCACACCUCUCAAUGAAAUGUGUAUCUAGUACCUGUCAAAAGAGCAUGUGUGAUAUAUUGUGCUAUAUGAGAAACUGAAACUGCCAAUCCAUACCUCUUUAAUUCAAUAGUAGCAAAUAGAUUUUCUUGCAAUGUUGCUGUUUUGAAGUGGUCAUUUGAAAUUCAAAAAGGAUAAACUUUUUUUUUCAAUAUUACAGUUAUAUGGGGAUUGGGCUCUCUGCUCAAGGUGUGAAUAUGAACAGACUACCAGGUAUGAUAAGAAAUCAUUGUUUUGUUUUAAAACAUUGUUUUAUUCCUGUGAGAUGCUGAUCAGAACAUCUUUUUUAGAUACUAAUCCAGAUAACCUGUAAAAACCUUAAAAUUCUGUUGCUAGCAUUUUGUAAGUUACGCCCGCACAUGUGAGUGUGGAGUUUGUAAAAAUGCUCUCCAAGCAAGAAAAAUACUCCAGCUGACACACCCAUCACUUAAUAAAGUUAUCCAAACCUGAUCCCACCCUCAAAUAGUUUCUUAAAUUUCCCUCCAUAAGCAGUGAUGGGAAGGUUUAUCUUUCUCCUCACCCCAAGUUCCAUUUCAAAACAGUUUUUAUUUUCCUCCUCCUAUCCACAUUCCAGUACAAUUCUAUAUAUGUCUACUUAGGGGUAAAGUCCAUUAAGCUUAAAUGAGCUUACUGAAGGUGGUGCUGGCUGAAAGGCACUUUCCCCAUCCUCCCAAUCUAGUAUCCCGACACUUCAUGGUUUCAUCCUCUAUCUCUGCAUCACCAAUUCUUCCCCAGGCUUUAAAACAUAUUCUCUCCUCCAGCCUCACAAAUAUGCUACCAAACACUCAGAAGUCUCAUCUCUGUGCUUCUUUGUAUUGCUUGUUCUAAGAUAAGAGGCCUUUGGAUUUAGCAGCUUGCUGCUGCAGCUCUAAUGCUACUUUGUAGUUCUUCUAAUACAGCAAAGCAUUUAUACUCUAAAAUUUCAUAAAUAUGCUGAAGUACAGUUUUAUGUUCCAAGUCACAUACCCAUAUAUUUCAUGUUCUUAAAGUAGUAAAGUAAGUUUUAGCUUGAUAAGAAGAUAAAUAUUGCAUUACAUCUGAAUUUCCUUCCAGCAUUUCAAUACUCUUCUCCUGUGCUUGUCCCCCAGCCCUGAGGUUAAAUUGUGUUUCCAGUUUAUUCAUAGUCUUAUGCUUAUUUUAGGCAUAUGCCUAUGGCUUAACCUUUUUGAAUUCAGUUGUGUUUAUUUUCAGAUGCAUCAUCUGAUUUGCUACAAAGCUAAAUGCUACAUGUUUUGUUUUAAGGUUGGGAUAAGCAUUCAUAUGGGUACCAUGGAGAUGAUGGACAUUCAUUUUGUUCCUCUGGAACUGGACAACCCUACGGUCCAACAUUUACAACUGGUGAUGUCAUCGGCUGUUGUGUAAACCUUAUCAACAAUACCUGUUUCUACACAAAGAAUGGACAUAGUUUGGGUAUGAAGAAGAGUCACUGAUAAUUAAAUAUAUAUCAAGACACCUAAUGAAAUGGUGAUAGCACUCUUUCCAAAUCUAAGAUGUUAAGUAUUACUUUGUUGUUGGAGCUCAGCACUGAAAGAAAACAUAAAGAAAGUUCAAAUACUGUUUCCUCAGUUCUAGGAGGACACUUGUCAGGGCUGUUGUCAGUAGCUCUUUGAGGUUUCAAAAGAGCUCCAAUUUUGCAAAAGUUAAUAUACAAAAUUGCUCACUUCAAAACUGGAAGAAAAUCAAAUUUAAAAUAAACAUUCAGCCUAGAGGCAACUUACCAUAUGACUUUCUGUAUCUCAGUAUUUUCAUAUCUUCUUUCUAUUCUGUUGUUCCCCAAGCCAAAAUUCAUUUUGCACAGUUCUUAUGGUUUUUAUCAGCAAAACAUAGAACAAAAUUAAUAUAAUAAGGAAAACUGUAAAAAUAUUGGUAAUCUGGUACAGCCAUACCUUGUGUUGUGUUAGGUUCAUGUUGCGCCUUUCUGGCUUGCUAAUGCGGCAAACCCAGAAGUGUAUACUUCCGGGUUUUCUCUCAUGCGCAGAAGCGUUCUGUGCGCUUUGCACAUGUGCAGAAGUGCUCUAUCGCGCUCUGCGCGGAAGUGCUACUCUAGUUGCGGACUUUUUGGGGUGCAAACAGCACCCCGGAACGGAUCAUGUCCGCAACUAGAGGUACCACUGUAAUAGCUUUGCAGUUGUUUUGAUCUAGGCUUCUCUUCUGCUGUGGCAGAAGUUAGAGAGGUAACUUCUGCCAGUUUGCCUUUCCCCUUGCAGCACUGUGCUCCUUUAGGAAGUCUGCUCCAGAGGGUUGGAAUACUCUGUGGAGCAGUGUGGGAGUUUGUGCUGGAGGCUGAUGGGAAAAUUGGCAAAAGUCAAUGUGUUUCCCCUGAGUCAAAAGCAUUUUGUGGAUAGAAAAAAUCCCUUCUGCUCGUCGAGUUGAAAUCUAGCUCUAACCCAUGGGCUGGUUAUUUUAAAGUAAAAAAACAAAUUCUCAAAUAAGCUUCAUACUGUUGUCAUCUCCCUAAAACAGAUUCUGAAAGUUAACUUUUAUGUUAGUUCAUUCCUUGGCAAUACAGGUUUCUUAACAAGUUUUCCUGUAAACUGUGUAAACUAUGAUUUACCUGGUAAAACAGGAGUUGAUAACCACCUUGCCAACUCUGCAUCCCUGUUUUUAUUGCCUUUUUAUGUUGCAUUAUCAUAGGUACACAAAAUACUCUGCCUGCUUCUUAACAGCAUAAGAGUACACCUAAGUAAAUUCUAAAAAAUGAGAAUAACUAACCAGUAAUAUUUCCUGUCCUCUUGAGAUCUAAGCUGUUCAACUUAGAUUAUAUGAGCACUGAGUAUGUUCUAUGAUUAAAAUACAUUUUUCUGUGUGACUGUGGCAGCACAAAUCUUAAUUUAUGUCUCUUGAUUACAGGUAUUGCUUUCACGGAUUUGCCGGUAAGAUAAACAUACUAAAAAAUUCAAUAGCAUUCCUAUGUAAAAUACACAUUUCCCUGCUUGUAUAAUAUGUGUUUUUCCUUUUAUUGUAUUUUAAAAUGACAACCAUGGUAACAAAACAACAAUUUGCAAUUGGAACAAAUGUUUCUCAUUUUUACUGGAGGUUUUUAUGAAACUUCCAAUUUUCACAAGAAUAUUGGCAAAAUGCUAUAAAAAUUGCCUUCCAUUUGGUGUGUUAGUACCUUGUGUUAGCAUUUAUGACUUUUGAUGCUUCAGCAAAUAUUUAGAUUACAUAGGAGUCACAAGUAUGGGGACAUAAGUUAGUAGCAGAGCUCAUCCUUUGCAUGCAAAAUGUCCCUGAUAUAAUCUCUGGCAGCAGAAGGUAAGACUUGGAAAGACCUCUGUUGAAACCCUAGAGCAGUGGUUCUCAAACUUUUUUUCUCUAGGCCACACUUUCAGAAUAAAAAUUUGCUCAUGCUACACCAAUUUUUUUAUUGAUAAGAAAUACAUUGGAAAACAAAAAGAAACAACUCCUAGCAGUGCUUGAUUUAUAACAUAGAACACAACUGCUUUUUAAUAUGAUCAUGGGGCAUUCAGAAUGUAUAAAACAAUGCAGCUAUGUACGAACAUUAAUCAUUCCCAAAAUAUAAUUAUAAAUGAGCCUCUUACAUUCGUACCUUAAGUAUAUAUCCAAACUCAGUGAGAGGUGUGAGCUUGCUUUUGCGGUAAUCUCAUUUAUAGUCGGUCUACUUUGAGUCAAACUCUCGUCUCCUAAACAACACAAAGAAACCUUUCUCUUUUUCGAUUUUUCAUAUUUGUCAGUUGAAAAUCCCUGUUCACAACAAUAUGUUGUGCAGAUGUAGAAGAAUAGGCAAUGCUCUUGAAGAGAGACGUGAAUACUGCUUCUGGUUGUGUGUAUAUAAAAUUACUUCUCUACUAAUACUAUACUAUACAACACUACAUUGAAAUGUUUAAAUAUUUCUUAAAUAUGCCCUUGAUUCUUCCCGCCACACUUGCCAUCCUCUUCUGCCACACCAGUGGGUGAGAACCACUGUCUUAGAGCAUGGGUGGGCAAGUGUGAUUCAGUUUUGUUUUCUGCUAGUGGCACUUGCAGUCAUUUUGUUGCUCUGUAUAUCCAGUAAUUUGCUUUCAUGCCAGUUUAAAGUACAUUUGGAUUUUGAGAGAUUAAAGUAUGUAUUGCAAUUAUCUCUUGCAGCCAAACCUGUAUCCUACAGUUGGUCUUCAAACACCAGGAGAAGUGGUGGAUGCGAAUUUUGGACAGCAUCCAUUUGUGUUUGAUAUUGAAGACUAUAUGCGAGAAUGGAGAACCAAAAUUCAAGCUCAGAUUGACCGAUUUCCUAUAGGAGAUCGGGAAGGAGAAUGGCAGACUAUGAUUCAAAAGUAAGCAUUUGAAGAUUAUAAUAAGUCCUUCCUAAAUUUCUAUUCAAAUUUAAGAGAUUUGAUUAGUCUCUUCAGUCUUAGAAAUCCUAGUCUGCAUAUAUGUCGUUGCAUACUUUUAUGCCAGUGGAGGUAAGUUUGCAACACCUGUUAAACUGUGUCAUUUGUAUUUGUCUGGUGACAUUAUCUCCAUGUAGAAUAAUGUUUCUUCUUGUGUAGUGAAGGGGGCUAGAGAGAGGUACAUGGAUGUGAAAGCAAUGCCUACUGGUAACUGCAAUAGCUUUUUCUCUCGAACUUCAGCAAUGCAAAAAUCAUCCCAUGCAUCUUGAUUUUUUAAAAUCUGUGUCAUGACAGUCUCCUUCAAUAUGUGUAAAUUUGGAUUAAGUAAUAUGAGAAGUAGCUGUUACCUUUUGUCAAUCAAUGAUUCUAGGUCUGCUUCCUAUAUAUAAAACAAUUAAAAGACUUGCAAACUUUGUGUCACACCAGUAUCUGACAAUAAUGAUAGAAUGAUGACAUGCACAUUAAUUUCUGAUUCAGUGCUAUCAGUUUAUACUAGAUUGUGCCAGUUAAACAACAAAAGCACCUGACAAUAUCUCUUUUUGCUAUAGUAGUAAUGAUGCCACCAUACAAACUUCAAAUACUGUUGAUUUUUGUCUCUUGAGUAGCUUCUGAAAAUCUUGGCCAUGUGCAUAUAAUUAAUUGAUUGAUAUAUUUAUUUGGCCUCCAUUUGGUAUGGACAUGGUGCUCCAGUUUUUACUUUGUUUCUGCUUUGGAUGAGGAAGGGAGGAAUGAUACUGCACAUGCUCUCCGUUCUGUAAACACAAAAUUAACAUACCAUUUAUCAGCCUAUUUCUACCUUGCAGCUGAAGAUGCUAAAGUUUGCACCAGCAACCUUAAGUGCAGCUUGUUUGUCCCUCCAGGGAACUGCUGAUUGCUCCUCUUCUGUUUUAAUAUCCAGAACUGCCUUAGGUUUCAGAGCUUAAGAAAUUUCCUAUGCUCAGUGCUGCUUUGUAUGCCUAAAUUAAAUAUUUGAUUUAGCAGCAGCAUUAAAUCACUUAACUCUUCUAGACUAGCUCCAUUGUCUUGAAUAGGAAGUACCGUAUUUUUCGUUCUAUAGGACGCACCGGUCCAUAGGACGCACCUCGUUUUUUGGGGGGAAUGAAUAACCCCCCGCGGCUGCCGCCCCAAGCCUCGCGUGCUCGGGCUGCAGGCUACCGCCCCCAGCCGCGCGCGCGCGGCUUGCAGACACUCGCCCGAGCACGGGAGCCCUCCGGAGGGCUCCCGUGCUCGGGCGACAAGCUGCAGCCCAAGCCUUGCGCGCUGGGCGGGACCUCCCGCCGGGCGCGCAAGGCUUGCAGACACUCGCCCUAAGCAAGGGAGCCCUCCGGAGGGCUCCCGUGCUUUGGGCGACAGGCGGCAGCCCCACGCCUGGCGCGCUGGGCGGGACCUCCCGCCGGGCGCGCGAGGCUUGCAGACACUCGCCCGAAGCACGGGGAGCCCUCCGGAGGGCUCCCCGUGCUUCGGGCGACAAGCUGCAGCCCCAAGCCUUGCGCGCUGGGCGGGACCUCCCGCCGGGCGCGCGAGGCUUGCAGACACUCGCCCGAAGCAAGGGGAGCCCACCGGAGGGCUCCCCGUGCUUCGGGCGACAGCUGCAGCCCCAAGCCUUGCGCGCUGGGCGGGACCUCCCGCCGGGCGCGCAAGGCUUGCAGACACUCGCCCGAAGCAAGGGAGCCCUCCGGAGGGCUCCCCGUGCUGCGGGCGACAAUCUGCAGCCCCAAGCCUUGCGCGCUGGGCGGGACCUCCCGCCGGGCGCGCAAGGCUUGCAGACACUCGCCCGAAGCAAGGGAGCCCUCCGGAGGGCUCCCCGUGCUUCGGGCGACAAGCUGCAGCCCCAAGCCUUGCACGCUGGGCGGGACCUCCUGCCGGGCGCGCAAGGCUUGCAGACACUCGCCGAAGCACGGGAGCCCUCCGGAGGGCUCCCCGUGCUUCGGGCGACAGGCUGCUGUCCCAAGCCUCGCACGCUCGGCGGGACCUCCUGCCGGGCGCGCAAGGCUUGCGGACACUCGCCGGGGCUGCAGGCUGCUGCCUGCAAGCCUUGUGAGCCCGCGGGAACUCCCACCGGGCUUGCAAGGCUUGCGGAUAGCUUCCUGAAGCCUGGAGAGCGAGAGGGUCGGUGCGCACCGAUGCCUCUCGCUCUCCAGGCUUCAGCGAAGCCUGCAUUCGCUCCAUAGGACGCACACACAUUUCCCCUUCAUUUUUGGAGGGGAAAAAGUGCGUCCUAUGGAGCGAAAAAUACGGUAAGAGCAGGGGGUCUCAGGGUUGUUACCUUGGCCACUCUCAUGUUUUGUAUCUUCAGUAUCCUAGUAACAAGCAGCCAAAUAAAUGUUGCUGCGUACUUAAAAUAUACAUAAGCAUACAUGUUUCAUUUGAAAACAUGAAAAAGUGGUAACUGCAUGGAAGUUGCUUGUUUAAAUUAAUUUGUAGUGCUAAAAGUGAAUAUUAGAAUAUUAUCCCAGGAUAUUUCUUAAUGUAAAUUUACCUAAACCACUUCUCAAGGAUUUUGAGGAGUUCUUUGUUUGAAAAGUUGCCUCUAGGCUAUGUAUUUACUUGCAUAUGUUCACUUUUUACAGGAUGGUUUCAUCUUAUUUGGUACAUCAUGGGUACUGUGCAACAGCAGAGGCCUUUGCUAGAUCUACUGAUCAGACUGUACUAGAAGAAUUGGCUUCCAUUAAAAAUAGACAAAGUAAGUCUGAAAAAUACUGUAAUUUAUUUUUUUAAAUUCAUUUUUAUUGAAUUUUCCACUUUAACAAUCCAAUCAAAUCACAUUAAAUAUUCCAAAUUAUACAUAUCAAAUAGUCUGAAUAUUUUGCCAAAUUAUAAAUUUUUAAUAGGACUUCCCAUGCUUCACGUUCAGAGGGUUCUGAUCAUCUCAUACUUCUACUGCUUUUCAUAGUAAUUAGUGGUUUCUCUAAUUCUUUUUGUUGUUGACCUUCAUUCUUUCACAGCCUCUGAGUUGUUCCCACAAGCGAGUUAAAACAAACAAUGAUGUGUUUCUGUGUGGAUUUUAUGUCCAUGAUUCCCCUCUAUAAGUUCGCUGCAUCUCACACGCUGGUGUUUCUGCCGAAUCAAUCCGAAAGUCUUUUCGCUGCUGGCAGCCGCCACCUUCACUCAGUUCCGAUAAAAUCAAAUCUAAGUGUCUGAUUUUCCCAGACCGGUUGCAUCAAACAUUAGCCUUUCUAGGGGAAAUUUACGAAAUCAAACUGGAAACACAAAUACAAUGACAUAUUAGAGGCUCACCUCCCCCUAUGACGAUUUGUAAUUCUGCAGCCCGGUCUAGACUUCCAAUCAUGGCGGAUUUCCAAAUUAAAGGUGCGACACAGCUCCCACAUAGAUUCCAGGAAACUGUCCAAGGUUUUUUAAUAUCUCUCCAGCGGUUAAUGAGAUUCUGCUUCUGUCUGAUGUACACACAUUGGAGAAUCUUUUAUCCUCUUCCAAUCAAAUCAAAGAUCAAAAGCCCUAAUUAUAUAGUAUUAUUAUUUCCACAUAGUUUAUAUAUUUAGAGCCAUAUUAUAUGAACAAAUACAAAACUUUCCAAUCUCGCUUGUUAUAGUUUAUGUAAAUUUUUCUUCGGUGGGGGGGGGUGCCAAAUAAUAUAAUAAAGCAAAGUACAGUAAUAAGAGAGGCUCUCCCCCCUUUUCGUUCCUUUCCAACAUACCAACUUAGAUGUUAUGAAAAAUACUGUAAUUUAAAUGUUCAGAUAAUUUUUUUCCUUAGUGCUCCUUAUUCAGAUUUACAGAAUAAUCAGCAGUUAGUGGUCACUGUGUUCCAUAGAUGAUACAAAGAAAAAAGGUUAUCUAAAUAUAAUUAGCAGGGCCGCCACCUGAUAAACCAUGAUUAAAAUUAAUUCAUAUAGAUAUUAUUAUUAUUAUUAUUAUUAUUAUUAUUAUUAUUUUAUUUUGUGCCCCAUCCAUUUGGCUGGGUUUCCCCAGUCACAUAUUAAUGCACUUGGUAUGAGUGCAUUUUUAAAAUACAGUAAACCCUCAAUAUAUGCUGGGGUUACAUUCCAGGGAUUACACUUAAAGCCAAAAUCACAUAUAGUCAAAGCACAUUGGAUGCAAUGGCAGGUGGGAUUGCCGAAGUGUCCCAUCCCCCCCCCCCGACUUCUCCCCCCUUUUUAGUUAAAUGCACAUAAAUUGCAGGAUUAUUGUAUCGACAGAUGUAUAACUUGACAGUUUAGCCAGCAAAAGCUAUUCCACAGUUGAGAGAUCAUCAAUAAUAUUUUCUCUUACAUUCCUAUUAGUCUUUGCCCUACCAAUUACUUUUGGAUUUUAGUGAUUUAGGCAACAGUCCUAAACUAACUUACUUGAGAGUAAACCCUAUUAAACUUAAUGAAUGAGAUGUGCUUCUGAGUAUAGGAUUGCGUUUAAAUCAUUUAAAGCAAUAGUUAAUACAUACAUGAAAUUAACUGAUUAUUGAACUUAAAGGGACUUAUUUCUGCAAAAACAUGCUUGGGGAUUGCUCUUAAUCACUUUCAGUCAUGCUAUUUAACUAAUCUUUACCUUAAAUUAGAGUUUUGCCUUAUAAUUGGUGUAACAGAAUAUUUCUCUUGAUAUGCUAUGGUGCAGUUGUCAGAGUUUCUGAAGGGAUUCUUUGCCUGGCUGCUUCUGCUUGUUAUUGUUGCUGUUGCUUUUUUUAUUAUGGUUUUAUUUAUUUAGUUAGUUAGUUAGUUAGUUAGUUAGUUAGUUAGUUCUUUGAAAUCUGUAAGCUAUUUUGUAGGUCUCCUCCUUUCAAAGGCAGGAUUUGCAAGUUUUAAGUACUAAUUGGGUGUGUAAGAAAGAUGCAAUUUUGUAGUUGAUUUGAUUUGAUUGAUUCAAUUUAUAUACCUCCCUAAACCUGGAGGUCUCAGGGCAGUUCACAGUUGAUGUAAAGUAUUUGUUGCAAACCUGUCUAGCAAAAUCUGGUGAAAGUUGAGGACUUUUAAGAAGAAGUGUUUAACUACAUCAAGGGUGUGGAACUAUAUCAGGGGUGCAGGGUUUCCUCUGCUGGCCAAAUUUGACAGGUGAGUAGGACUACACACAUCUGUCAAUCACCUAAUGUAAUAGUGGCAUCAGAUGAUAGACCACGGUCGGGUGAUUUCCAUAACCACAGCCAAGCUUAUGAAUGGUUACAUUGGUCUCUUUUGAAGGUACUCUCACAGCACCAUUCAGCUGAUGGUUGGUGGAAGCGUUGCCUUCAAAGAGACCUGCUGCAUUAGACAAUGUGGGUUGCAUUGAAAGAGCUUGCUAAAGCAGAGGGGAAAUGUACAGUUCUUAAUCUGUUUCUUCUUUUUCUCCACAGGAAUUCAGAAACUGGUUUUAGCAGGAAGAAUGGGAGAAGCCAUUGAAACAACACAACAAUUGUAUCCAAGUUUAUUAGAAAGAAAUCCUAAUCUCUUAUUUGCUUUGAAGUAAGUCUUAAAGUACCGUAUUUUUCGCCCUAUAAGACUCACCGGCCCAUAGGAUGCAACUAGGUUUUUUGGGGGGAAAUAAAAAAAAAUUAUUCCCCCCCCCAGCCGCGGGAACUCCCGCAGGCUCCCCAAGCUUACAGAUAGCUUCCUAAAGCCUGGAGAGAGAGGGGGGUCUGUGCGCACCGACCCCUCUCGCUCUCCAAGUUUCAGCGAAAGCCUGCAUUCGCCCCAUAGGACGCACACACAUUUCCCCUUCAUUUUUGGAGGGGGAAAAGUGCGUCCUAUAGGGUGAAAAAUACGGUAAAUUGUUAGUACUGUAAAUUGCUGUCUAAUCAUUGGGAGUUUAUGUGGACACCCUUACGACUUUCAAGCUUCCACAGUAGUGAAUGAUCUUGUUGGUUAUGUUAGUGCAGUGAAUUUCAAAAAGUUACUUUGAGUAUUAACUUUUAUUCCUCAGUCUUGAGAACCUCUUAAUUUAAUUUAAUUUAAUUUAAUUUAAUUUAAUUUAAUUUAAUUUUUUUAAGAGCACAGUUAUAAUCCUGAAAGUUCUGUAGCAGAACUUUUGGCAUGUGAAGUUAAUAUUAGAUUAUACAGUGGUACCUCGGGUUACGAAUUUAAUUCGUUCUGGAAGUCCGUUCUUAACCUGAAGCGAUCUUAACCCGAGGCGCAUGUUCCCUACAUAGGCCUCCUGCAGCCCCGGAAGCGGAUUGCGUUUGUAUCCCGGGGCAAAGUUUGCAACCUGGAAUACCUACUUCCGGGUUUGUGGAGUUCGUAACCUGAAGUGUUCGCAAGCAGGACUGUUAUUACCCGAGGCACCACUGUACCUGGUUUCUGUGAAACUGCUAAUAACCCUUCUUCACAGAGUUGUCUUGGACAACUCUGGAUGCCUGUUGCCCAACAAUGUCACAGAAAUCUGCUUCUUUUUUCCUUCUAUAAUUUCAGCUUCUAACCAGGAAAAGAGAGAGGGAGCAAAUGCCCCUCCCCACCCCACCCCAUUAUCUGAGAAUGAAGUACAUAAAUAGGUCUGUGCUAAUUUGAAAUACCUGGACCGGAUUUUUAAAAUAUGGUGAAGUGCUGUCAUGUGGCACUUUAAGAAUUAAAAAUAGUGCCCCUAUUACUGGGGGUGAGCAAUACAAUUCACCGCUUUCUCCUUCAACACUGGAGUAGUCUUUCUCUUGUAUGCUAAGGUGUGUGAAUAUCCACUACUGGCCAUGUAAUCCACUUAAAAAGGAAUAAUUAAAAACCUGCUGUAAAGCUUAUGGGACUUGAGGAAGCAGCUGCAGUUAGGAAUUGAGAAAAGGCCCUUCCUCUGCUGCAAAGCUCCUUCAUUUAUUCCCCAAUCUUCUAUUUUUGAAUGGUUUCCAAGUGGCAGUUACUGUUACAGCUGUGGAAAGGUGGGGGAAGAAGUAGAUGCUCUCAUUCUGCAGUAAUAAUUAUAUGUUUCACUGACCUUCAUUUGUAUUAAACAGCAACCAAACUACUAUAAUGCAAAUCAUUAAUAAUACUGAGAGCAAUUAGAUUGUUGAAAUUAUAUUGGCUUCAUAAACUAACUCUUCUCUCACGUUUCCUAGGGUACGGCAGUUCAUAGAAAUGGUCAAUGGUACAGACAGUGAAGUACGAUGUCUAGGAGGUCACAGUCCAAAAUCUCAAGAUAGCUAUCCUGUUAGUCCUCGAUCGUUUAGUAGUCCUAGUAUGAGCCCCAGCCAUGGAAUGAAUAUUCACAGUUUAGCAACAGGCAAAGGAAGUAGCACACACUGUUCUGGUGAGUUUGAGCUGGCAGAAGCUGGUGUUAUACAGAGGUGUUUCACUUCUGGAUCUUCAGUUUUUCAUCCAUCUGUCUAUUAGCAUGUGAAAUGCUUUGUGUUGUGGCUGGUGUCCCGCAGUGUUGCCACUCAGCUCCUUGCUGGCACUAACAACUUUUCUUCUGCACCUGUCUUAUUUCUAACAAUAGAGACAGACAUGUCCCAUAGUGUAUGGACAAGUGGGCCUCUCUUUCAAUUAACCACUGCAGCUAUUGCCACUGUCAUAAUUUUAUUUAAGAAGCAAAUAAGGAUCAAGCAAAGAGAUUCUUCCAAAAGUUUAAACCUCAUUACAAAAAGAGUGGUUUCUCUUGCUGCAUCCCAUGCUAUCUAGACCACAGUAGAUCAAAUAAUGGACAGCUUGUUCAUACUACUGCUGGGGAGGGAGGAGAGAUUAUGGGAGGAGAGUCCUUUCAGGUGUCAAAAGACAGAAACCAUAUUGUUUUGAGGUUAGCUUGCCCUCUAUGCAAAACCCAUGUUGUAUGGAAUUAUGAAUAUUCAAAAUAAGCACACAUUUGUAAAUUCUAACACUAGAUUAUUUUUAAAAAGAAUUUUUGCUUUUUGGGUUUUAGGUUUUGAAAGUAGUUGCAGUAAUGGAGUGAUAUCAAACAAAGCAUAUCAGUCUUACUGUCACAGUAAACAUCAGUCCACCAGUUUGAAUGUACCAGAGCUCAAUAAUAUAAAUGUAACACGGUCACAGCAAGUUAACAGCUACUCCAGGUAAGUACACUCAUUCCAACCUGAUACCACUGUUCUUCAUCCACCACUGUUCGUGAUUUAUGUAUUGUACUGAUUUUCUAGGACAGGUAACUCAGAUCUGCGUUCCUAGCCAUCAUGCAUAUAAGCGAAAUUGCAUAAAGCCAGGAUCCCCCAGAACUGGGCUUCACUGCAAGGUGGAGGGUUGCUUGUCCAGCUUUGGGAAGGCAGCACAGGGGUUUGGGGAUGCUGCCAGAGCCCUUGCAACACCUUCCCAAAUCUGGGUCCCAUGAUCACAGCUUUGCAUAGAUGCAGGGGAGUAAGUAAAUUGGAGAGUGGGUUAUUUUCCCCACCCAUGCAAAGUUGUGAUCACAUAAGUAAGAUAAGUGCAAGUUGUGAGUUACCUGUAUAGGCUAUUAUUACAAGCUGCAGUGCCUUCAUCUCACCCUAGUGGGUAGGCUUCAAUUCAAAUAUUUUUCUCUAUGCUUUUAGUAUGGGGUAUGCACUAAUCAAUCACUACUUUCCCCACGUCAACCACUUACUAUUCAGGGACUUUUCUCCCUAGUCUCAUAUAAGCUGUAGGCAGCCACCAUUCUUGAAACGGCUGUACAGCACAUACUUCUCUGUGAAAACCCCUUCCCUCUCUUAACCCCCUGUACAAAGAGAAAGUUUAGAGGAAUCUACAUACCACCUCUCAUGUGGAUAUAUUUCAGAUACUCUGUCUGAGAGGAGAGAAACUGGACAAUCCCAUACAUGUCUAUUUUUAAAAAAUUAAACACACUCACGAGCCACAAAUAAAAUAUUUUUCACAUGUCUAUUUAGUGUUUAUUAUUUUAAAACUAUUUUAAUUCUUGCCUGCCUGUAACCAAUGUGGAUAAAUGACAAACUCUAGCCCUGCUGAUGCAUUAUCCUAUUUAGGUCCUAUCUAUGUUGAUGUGGUGGAGGGUCAUGCUUUUAGCACGGCUCCCAAAAUAUGUACGUCUUUUGUGUGGUUGUCUGCAGAGAAAUCCCAGUGUUUGAAAAUUGUGAAUAUGACCAUAGGUGGGAAUAUACUGGAUGUACUCUACAUCUGAAUGGGGCUUAUAUUUUACUUGGUGCACCAAUUUCUGAUAGGCUAAGAAUGAGUUGCAUAGGUUAAGUGGUCAGGAGCAACAGGGAAAGCUGGUCCUGUUUCCUGUAGUUAUGUAUUGUGCUAUUGCAAGAACUGUGGCAGCAUAAAUAAAAAGUGGUGUCUUUGGAGAUUCACAGCCCACACUUAACUUUUUAGGAGCUCAUGUUCUGGCUUUUAGACAAGCCUGGUGCCAGAAUAUGGCAUAUUUGGGCAACAAGUGCCAAGGUCCCUGCAGGCUUCACCACCACUGGACUGCCUCCAUCAUGUGUUUCUGUGAGAACCAUGAUUGCUUAGCUUGCUUUCUCAGCUCUCAUAGUACACCUACAUACAUACCACCCAUUGCCAUGCCACCCACGUGCUUCUGUCAGGGGCGGCAUAAUUAAGAUGGCAGUGCCAGCAAGCUCAGGCUUAUGGGAGCAACCUGCUUGAGGUGGGCUUGCUUUUAUACCCUUUGAUCCACCCCUUAUUAAGGAUUCUUCAUAAUGUAUUGAAUUCAUCAUGAAAUUCAACUUUCUCAUAUUCCAAUAGUAAUGUUUCUCACAACACUUUUGGAUGCACAAGCUCACACAGAGAACCAGACCAUCCAAGAAAGAGCUCUGUCACCCCAUCAGUCAAGUGAUUUAUUUAUUUUUUUUACCAUAAGUCAGAUGCAGAUGUGUGGUAAAAUAGGCUUUUAUUCUUCCCCAGUUGCAUUGUGGGACAUAGUGAGGUGCACAUUUAAAAAUGAGACCCCCAUUCCAACUUAAUGAUACAUUUUUCCUCUUCUCAGCAAUGAUGUAGACAUGGAAACAGAUCACUACUCCAAUGGGGUUGCAGAGACAUCAUCCAAUGGCUUCCUUAACGGUAGUUCUAAACAUGAUCACGAAAUGGAAGAAUGUGACACAGAAAUGGGUCUGCAGCAAAAUUUCUUACAUAUUUAAUAUUACUAUCACCAUUUUUUUGUUUUGUUUACUUGCAGUUAUUUCCAAAUGAAAUUUAGGCAUACCUAACCUGUUUUCAGGCAGUUUAUAUAGCUCUGAAGUGCUAUAGUCAGUGGAAAAUUUUUAUAUGUAAUGUCUGCAUUUAUAAUUUACUUAGUUUGCAUUGGAUUAUUUUUACUCUUGUGGUGCUUCACUAUGGCUUGAAAGACUCACACUUCCUUCCCGUUGUUGUAAAAUAUCUUCUGAAUUUGUAUAAUCUUGGAAGAGAUGGAAUUGUCACACAGAUGCUACUUGAAAUGGCUUCAGCGUUACGCCUUUUGCCCACCACAACUCCUAAGUGGUUCUUAUUGUGUGGAAUUUCUUCACACCAGCAUUACACUUUUCCUGCUAAUGAGUAAAGUAGAAACAACUACAUCAGCUUUGCCUCAGCCCUCCUGAUGUUUUAGAUUACAACUCCCAUCAGCCCCAGCCAACAUGGGCAAUAAUUAGGCAUGAUGAGAGCUGUGCUCUAAAAUAUCUGGAGGGCACCAGGUUGGGGAAAGUUGAUCUGAAUAAUGAGCUAUGUUACUCAUUUUCCCAGUGUCAUAGACCAAUGAGGUACAAGGAUGCUGUCUGCAUCUGCGUGAUUGAGGUAGUGUGCAAGUGUGCUUUUGAUGUCAUUCCCCAAAUCCUUCCUAUCUUGCAGCCUUUUAGAGCAUUUAGGUACAGAACAAACUCAAUUUGUUUAAAUGGAUCAGAUAAAGGAGAAAUACAUGUAAAAGAGAGUGGAGCAAAUUUAGCAAAUGUCUGUGCUCCAUUCUGGAUAGUUUUUGUAAAUUUUCAUCAUACUUUCCCAAGGUGUACCUUGAAAAACAAAACACACACCUACUAACACUACUGUAAGAAUUUUUGAUUAGCUAUUGUUGUAGGUGUGUAUCAAAAAGUGUUUGUGACAAUUAAUGUACCUCUUCUCCCCCCCCCCCCCCAUCCACAUUUUUGGCACUACUUAGUUAAAAAACAAAUUCAUGGGAAUACCAAAAUAUAAAAUUCAGAAGCACUUUCAUAGGACAAAAAGAUUGUUUUCCUUGCAGUAAGCAGUUACAUUUCUAUAGCUACCAAGCCUGAAUCAGGUCUGGAGCCAUAACCGUGGUAAAGGGAGGCAUUUCCAAGAAAGGAAUAUCUUUACUCAGGUGAAGUCCAAGAAUCGGGAACAGUUAGUGAAUAUCCUUUGCUUAGAAUUAUGGGUGCUUAUUUCUAUAAUUUUAGGGAGGGUGUACUGUAAACACAUUCUGGUAUUUCUCCAUAGUGUGUCAAAUUACAGACAGAUGUUUAUCAGGUUUUAUUUAAAAUAAAAGCCCACUUGUUUGUAAUAAAACUUCCAUCACCAUGAUUUGGAGGGGAUCCAACCCAGCACAAGGGCUUCUAGACUGAUGGGGAAAUUGUCACCACUUUCAUGCCCUGUAAAAAUGUUCAUGCACAAAAAGGCAUAUUCUGUGAAACCCAGCGUCUGUCUGCAAGAUUAGCAUGAUGCCUUGCUAUGUGGUGAGCCCAGAAUAUCUCAUAUCAAAUACUUCUUUAAUGCAUGAGCAAGUUGCAGAAUCAGUUGCAUGGUUUAAGAUAGCUUAUCACAGAAUAGUAUACCGUAUUUUUCCUUCUAUAACACACAGAUUUUUUCUCCUAAAAAGUAAGGGGAAAUGUCUGCGCGUGUUAUUGAGCGAAUGUGUGGUCCCUGGAGCCGACAGGCGCGUGAAGGCAAAAAUCAGACAAAUAUCAAUCGUCCGGAGAAGGGAAGCCUUGAAAAGAGGAAGCUGCUGCUUUCCUGCAUUCUGCCUCAGGGUCUUACUGCCCACCCGCUUCUGUUUGUUACUGUGUUUGCUCAAACGGAACAAAGAGCAGAGAAAACCCCUCCCCUCCAGGCAAGCAGAGGGGAAAGCAGAGCGUCCUUCCUUCUAAUUCCUCUCCGUGCUCCGGUGCUGCAACAUGCAGGUGGGGGGGGGAGAGAGAGCUGGCUGGCUUGGGUGGGUGCGUGGGGGGAACUUUUGCCUUCCUUUCCUCCCUCCGGUAAAACUCCUCUCCUGCAUUCUUAGCCAGCUGCUUCUCCGCACACCCCUCUCGGUGCUCCUUGUCCCUUCUAUGUUUUUCCUUCCCUCCCCACUUAAAACGUGGUUACAAAGCACGGAUCCACAUGGAUCCUCAGGAUCUUUGCAUUGGGUCACCCCAAAUUCACCAUCAGAUCACAUAGCAAUGAUCUGAUGCAAAAACAGGGCUGCAGUGGUGCAAAAACGUGGUUACAAAGCACGGAUCCACAUGGAUCCUCAGGUUCUUUGCAUUGGGUCACCCCAAAUUCACCAUCAGAUCACAUAGCAAUGAUCUGAUGCAAAAACAGGGCUGCAAUGGUGCAAAACGUGGUUACAAAGCACGGAUCCACAUGGAUCCUCAGGAUCUUUGCAUUGGGUCACCCCAAAUUCACCAUCAGAUCACAUAGCAUGUCCAUGGCUACAGCCUGCACCAAAAAAAUCACGCACCCACUGUUGCCUGGGGCUGCAAUGGUACAAAAACGUGGUUACAAAGCACAGAUCCACAUGGAUUCUCAGGAUCUUUGCAUUGGGCUACCCCAAACUCACCGUCAAAUCACAUGUCUGUGGCCACAGCAUGAAGCACAAAAAUGAUACAUCCACUGUUUCAUUCAGAUUUUUUUUUUUCUUGUUUUCCUCCUCUAAAAACUAUGUGCGUGUUAUGGUCAGGUGUGUGUUAUCGAGCGAAAAAUACGGUAUUUAAAUUCAUUUAAUCCAUACAAUCUUGCCUAAUGAGAAAUGUUUGAUACGACUGGCUAAAUUUAAAAACAGAACACACACAAAAAACAAAAUAAAGCUUGCUUCGUUACAUUUGCAGUAAUAUUUACAGUGGUCAGGAUCCAGUUUCAUGAGCCCAAGAAAGUCUUGCUUACCUCAUAGACAACUGCUUCUGAAUUUGAGGGAAGUUUCAAAAGCAGUUGAUAAUAUGACUUGGAUGACUCGCUUCCCCUCCUCCAUCCUCUGGGUUAGUAUAGACACACUAAACAAACCUAAAUUAGUUUUUAUUUGAGUCAGCAGACCUUCCUUGUAACCAAAGUCUAUCUUAGAUACUUAAACAGCUCCAGCUUGUGUUAUUAUUAGACCACUGCUAUCAAGACUUGUCAGCUACUAAGAAUAAUGCGCUUUUGGCAUUGACCUCAGUUUUGUAGAACUUCUUCCCAAGGAAGCUUUCCAGAUCCACAUUCUUGGCUCCUUUGGAAGAACAAUAAAAUCAUCAUUCUGUCAUACCUUUUGAAUUUGGGUUCUGUGUGGUGGGUUGUGUGUGUGUGUGUGUUUUAUGUGGUUUUAUCUGGGCUGUUGUCACUUUUAUUGUAUGCUGCUUUGCAGAGUUCUCAAAGUUGAAAAAUGGAUUAGAAAUUAAAGUCUUAAAUCAGAAGCCCAAACCCUGAAUUGAUCAACCACAAUUAUUACUUUGACCUAAUUCAUUGAGUUUGUGUGUAGUCAAAGCACUGUGUUCUCACUGCUGUGCUGUUUAGUGAUAGUGCCUUAUCAUUCUCACAGAGGUUGAUUCCAGUCAGUUAAGACGUCAACUGUGUGGAGGUAGCCAAGCAGCUAUUGAAAGAAUGAUUCAUUUUGGCAGAGAAUUGCAAGCCAUGAGUGAGCAGCUAAGAAGAGAGUGUGGCAAAAACACAGCAAAUAAGAAAAUGCUCAAAGUAAGUUAAAAUGUCUUUCCAGUAAAAUAUGAGCUUGCGCUGAUAUCCACACUGAUGUGCAAUCCAGUCUAUGCCAAGGAAGAGGGUGAUGUUUGCAGUUCUCAGCUCACUAGCUUGUUAUCUGUGAAACAUUAAUGUGCUUGCACCUAUUUGUGUCAAAUAGCCACCCAAAUAACAAAACUAGUACAAUGUGCAGCUGAAAAGCAGUUUGACUUGUUUUUGGUAGCUAGAAUAGCUUUGGUUUUUAAUUCUGUGUGGAGGAAUGAAUUGGAUCAUACUUAAGGAAAUGUAGUGGAAAAUGACUAAAUUAAACCAGAGAGUUGGAAACGAUUAAACAACAACAAAAAACCAGUUUCCUUUCUCAUAAGCACUUUCUGUCCCACCCCUGCUCUGAUAGUGAGCACUUGAUCUCAUAUUGUGUAGUUGUUAGGAACUGUGGCUUUUUACAAAUGUAACAAUCAUUUUCAUGAUUUUAAAAGAGAAUUUGGAAUUUACAUUUGGCAAAUAAUAAAUAGUGCCCUCUACCAAAAGCUCAAUUUUUUAGCAAGAUAAAAAAAUAAUGCAAGUGUACUUGAUUUUAAUCGGAUGGUAAUUUGAUAAUGACAAAAUUAAGCCCGGAUUUCUCAACAGGAUGCAUUCAGUUUACUUGCAUAUUCAGAUCCCUGGAGCAGUCCAGUAGGAAAUCAGCUGGACCCCAUUCAGAGAGAGCCUGUGUGUUCAGUUCUCAAUAGUGCAAUACUAGGUAAGGCUUGCGAAUUUAUUUCAUAGCACAUUUAUUAUUGUAAGUUAACCUAAAGCAAUUAUGGUGUUGUAUGCCAAAAACAGUAGUGUUGCAAUUGCAAUGGCAAUUUUUGGCACUUAACCAAAUCCCUUUGCCGGAAAUGUCAAAGUUACACACUCAUUUUCAUUGAAGGAUUAUUUUUUGUAUGACAUGGUACAUCAAAUGACACAAAUCUUAAAUUCCUCCAAUUCUUAAAUUCUUACCAAUCUUGACUGGUAAGAUUCACAAGGUUUUGAUACCAUAUAAUUCUUGUGUGGUUUAUGUUAUGGUAAAGUCUUGUGAUGUGAAAUAUUCAGUCUCUUUUGGGAUGCUGGGAAGAAGUUAAAGUCCAGUUUGGUAAUUGGAGAGGCACAAUAUUUUUGUAGGAAACGUAUCUGAUAAGAAAGAUUUCCCCCUCCCCUGGUCUUAAGUGUAACAUAUUAUGUAAUCUUUUCAGAGACACACAAUCUACCAAAGCAACCUCCACUUGCUCUUGCAAUGGGACAGGCUUCACAGUGUCUAGGAUUGAUGGCCCGGUCAGGAAUUGGAUCCUGUGCAUUUGCCACAGUGGAAGAUUAUCUACACUAGCUAUGCAUAUGAUGAUGUCCAAGGUGUAUAAUCUGGCUAUAUUCAACAUGAAAGUAGACCAGCUCUGCUGAAUGGAGUUUGGAUUUUUUAAAUUAUGUACUAAGGACAGGUCUGUUGCUUUACAUUGCUUCCUAGUUUACAGCAUGACGCAAAUGAUUUUCUAACCUACUGUUAGGAUAAAUUUUCCAUCUUUAACCAGAGUUAAGUAUCAUUGGUAACAUCAGAUUGACAAACCCUUGAAUUGUUCCAGACAAACCAAAAAAGUCCUGCCUUCAUGGAAGGUUGGACGAAAUAGAUGAUGUUGUGGAUGUGUUAGUAUGUGGGUGAUGUAAACUUCAAGCGGGAUAAUUUGCCAACUUCCACCCCCAUUAUUACAUAGAUCAAUCAGUGUAAUUUGCAAAAUGCAUAAGUACCUGACAGUUUGGCUGUAUAGUAUUGAUGGGAAGAAAUAUUUUUAAUGUGUACUGUAAAACUUGAAAUACUCAGGAGCUGAGUGAAUAUGUUUGUUGCUACUUACAAUCUCAACCUGUUUCCUAGUGGUUUUUGUUUUAACAUGGUCUUUUCAACUCUGUUUCCUGUUUAACUGCAGACAACUUAUGUUGUAGACUCACCUGUUUAACUGUUGUAUUAUAACAGUAUUAUAUGUCAACACAGUGUGGUUAUGGCCUAUUUAUAUAAAAACCAAAUAUUUAGUCAAUUUCAGUCUUAAUUUAAUCUUUGUACACCCUGCAUUUUUAAAAGUGCUUAAAUGAGUACUCUAUUGCAAUAAAAUGUAGUGAUACCAUAAUUAACCAGCCAUUAAAUACUUCUACAUAUGGUAGGAUGGCUACCUUA